AUGUUUCCGCUUCCACUCGCAUUCACCGAAGAUCACGUGUCAACCAUCAUGGUGCUCGAAAAAAAUGAAGCGAUAAUUGAUAACAGCGCAUUGGAGUUGAAGCUACCUCUCGGUGAAUCUCUCAGCAAUGGAGACACCAAGAUGGCAGUGGUGGCGACGGACAUCCCACGAAACAAUGAGUCAUCCAUGGUCUUGACUCCGACCGAUGACCACCCGCGAAUGGUGCGCCACCCGACUUCGUACCUGGAGACGCUGACGCACCUGCUGCGCGGGAACAUCGGCUCGGGGCUGUUCGCCAUGGGGGACGCCUUCCGCAACGCGGGGCUGCUGCUGGCGCCCGCCGUCACGCUCUUCCUGGGGGUCAUCUGCGUCCACAGCCAGCACCUGCUGCUGAAUGCGUCUCGGGACAUGGCCGCCCGCACCAAGAAGUCCGGCAACCCGCACUUUGCGGAGACCGUGGAGCUGUGUUUCAAGACGGGGCCGAAGGCGACACAGCGCUACGCUCGGUUCGCCAGGAUUUGUGUGGACAUAUUUUUGUGCGUUACUCAACUUGGAUUCUGCUGUGUUUACUUCGUCUUCAUUGCAGAAAAUAUAAAACAGGUGGUUGAUGUGCGCUUUCCAGACUAUCAAUUAGAUCUCCACUUGCACAUGUUGUUCGCGUUUGUGCCCAUCCUACUAUCCUGUUGGAUCCGCAGCCUGAAGUACCUCGUCCCGCUGACGAGCAUAGCCAACAUCUUGAUGGCAGCGGGCAUCGUGGCCACGUUGUACGUUGUCGUACAGGACUUGCCCCCUAUCUCUUCCCAGGAAUAUGUAGCCCACUGGAGUACAAUGCCUCUUUUCUUCGGGACAGCGAUCUACGCCUUUGAAGGCAUAGGAUUGGUGCUGCCGCUCCAGGAGCAGAUGAAGCGGCCCGCGCAGUUCGCUUCGCCGCUGGGGGUGCUGAACGUGGGCAUGGUGUGCGUGGCGGCGCUCUUCAUCACCAUGGGCUUCCUGGGCUACCUGCGCUUCGGGGACAAGGUGCUGGGCAGCAUCACGCUCAGCCUCCCGCAGGACGACCUAGUGUCUCAAUGCAUCAAACUGGCGAUUGCGUUGGCCAUUCUCCUGACAUAUGCUCUACAGAUGUACGUCCCCGUAAGUAUUAUAUGGCCCGGAGUCGAGAAACGCUUCGGACCCUUCCGCUAUCCAGUCUUCGCUGAACUGCUUUUCCGCAGUCUGCUUGUGAUACUGACAUUCGUGCUGGCCGAGGCGGUACCUGAGCUGGAGCUGGUGAUCUCGCUGGUGGGCGCGGUGAGCUCGUGCGCGCUGGCUCUGCUGUUCCCGUCCCUCAUCGACAUCAUCUCCCGCUGGGAAGAGGCCGAUCCCUGGCGCCUGCGCCUGUGCAAGAACUCCUUCAUAUUCGUGGUGGGGAUCGUGGGCUUCCUCACCGGCACCUACGCCAGCGUCUACUCCAUCGUGGAGAAGCUGGCAUGAAGGCCAGGAUCGGAGCCCUUGUGUGGCGUGGAAUAGGGACCUGCUCGAGCUCGCUUUCGUUCACCAGUCACUGCGCUCCCGCCCGAGGGCCUCGAAGCAGCCGGUGGCCAGCGCCAUGGCGUGGAUCUCUACUCUGUUGAAUUCGUGUACUCAUGCAAAGUGACGUACAGUUGUGAUUUUCCAUUCGAUUACCAUGAGUAUUUGUACAAUCGAAACAAGCUGUGUUUAAAAAUGGUAUUAGUGUAAUAAUACCACUGAAACCACAAGGUUUAACACUUCCUAAAUAUGACCAUUUCAAAUACGCCAUUUUAGGUCAAAACUCUUACGUACAAAAAAAUCAUAAAUUGUAUGUACACGUUAAUACUUUCACCAUCAUCAGCAAUGAAGGAAUCUUAAAAUACUGCUUGGCAGUAAUACAACGCUAGAGGUUACGUGCCUUUUCUUUGCAUGAAGACUUAAAUUUUUCAUUAAAUGAGACUCGUACAUAAUAUUGAUAUAAUUCAUCAAUGUAGUCGCAUCACCGUUGUAUCAAUAGUGUAUUUAUGUAAUAUUGUUAAAAAGUAGGGUAAGUGGUACUGUUUGUGGAAGAUUUUGUAUAAAAUGACGUAUGGAUUCCUCAAGUGAAAAAAUGUACAGAAUUAAUUCUAUAACAGCAACUUUCAUUCUUAAGAAUGUAUAUAAAGUACGAUCCACAAGGCAUAUGUACAAAUAGAAUGAAGGGAAUAUCAAUGACAUGGAUUGUAUAUACAGUUUGUGUUUGUAAUUAGGUAAUCUCAUAAUGUAAUUAAUUCAGUGAGGACAUUCUUUUUCCUUUGUUUUCCAAACGUCGACCAGUAAAUUUCGCCUUUAUUUAUUUAUUAUCCGUAACAAUAAAUAUAAGUAGCUAUUUUUAUGAAUUCCCAGUUGACUUGUAACUAGCUCUUGAUUUUCAAUUUUGUUUGGCUUUUAUUUCUCAAAAUAUUUUAAAUAAUAUAAAGAAGUAUGUUAUUAUUUGUUGGCAAUCAUUUUUACUAAUGAAAUGUACAAUAAAUCACUUAUAUGAACGCAAAUAUUUUCCAUGCCAAUCGGUAUGUUCUGAGACCAAUUCUGUAUAAAGCAAAAUUAAAUAUGCAGUGUAAACAAGUUGAACCAGAGGACCACAAUACGUCUAGCCAUUAGGAUUGGUUUGUCUUGUGGCUUAAGGAAGUAAUUUAGUGUAAAUAUAAUGUCACUUAUGAAUCGAGUGGUCAUUUUUAAUUCAUCUGUCAAUUAAUGAGAUAUAUCAAAAUUUAAUUUACAUUUGAUUAUUCUGUCAUUAGCUUUGUCUCUUCAAGAGAUAUAUGUUAAAAACACAUUUUUUUUACUCUGUGUAUACAUAUUGGAAUACUGUGCAGCUGUAAUGACAUGGAAAGUCAAAGUUCCAAGAGUGAUUUUGUUUUAUUUGUAAAUAAAAAACACUAAUGUAUUAAAUUACGUAUAUUUUCUU